GUGAUCUUCAAUUAGCGUUGCCUAGGUCGUUGAAUCAGCGAGGUUAAUCCCAGCGAUCCUGACUGCUGGACUGGUCGUACCAUCGACAUAGUUCAGACACGCAUUCGCGCGAAGAUCGAACAGGUACAAGAUGGCGGCUACCAGGUCACGUUGGCGUUUGUACACGUCCAAUCGCCUCGCUGGCGUUGUUGUCUCCGUCAUACUACUCACACUGGCUGGCGCGGUCGUGGUAACAGGAGCAACUCUCCAUUCUUACCGCCUACGUGAACGUCCCGUUUCCUCGGUAGGACACCUUCUUCCUGCGACUCUACAUGAAGGCUUCCACUGUAUACAACGGCAGGUCGUAGCCGCUGGUCCGGGGGCUGUGUCUAAGCCCGCACUGAGUGCAAGUGCUCAGAGAAGCUGCGGGUCUCUAUCUGCCGCCGGCGUUCCGUAUAACUUGUUUCCGAAGGUCACUUGCCCUCGGAAGACCCUGUAACUCUUGCAUCACUACUGUAGGUUGGCGUUGUUUACUCUGCGUGAAAUAACAUGCAGGGGCACGCGCCAGUACUGGAACGAGUUUCAGUGUCGACUCGCAGCAAAACGCAAUGCAGCAAGUUACUCCUCGCAGGCAAUGCAAAUGUGCCUGGUCCACGAGAUCGAGGCGAAAGGUGCUUCUCGUGGCAAUGUCAAUCCGGGGAA